CUUCACUUCAUCGUACAAUCGCGUUAACUUUAUCACCGCACACUUUUCAUCACUCCUUGUCCUCCACCUACUGUCAUUAAUUUCCAUCAUUCCCAAACUCUUCAACUGCCUUCUAUGCUGCACCUUUUCACAGCACAACAACUUGUCUUCUGCAGUCUGCGUUAUAAUCAUGGCAACGGCAGUAGAAGCAAACAGCGAUAAAGGUGGGGAGCUCGAUGGUGACAUCUCACCAAGGAACAAGGACUCCAGCACCUUGGCACAGUCUAUCCCAUCGCUCGAUACCACGAAUAAUGGCCUCGGAUCUCUCAACAUGCGCGCAGAUCCAGAUGCGCAAGCUACAGUAACUGAUUUCCUCGAUUUUACCGAAUACCUCCCGUCCGACAUGAUGCGAUCUCUUACCCUCAUCGGGAACCUUGACCAAGCCUACCUCGAGGCCUCAGCAACCGUAAAUGGCCUCACUGCCACAUGGGGAAAAUUGCCAACUCUGCCAGCCGACCAGCGCCCUGCCCCCGCAAGAUUGCGCCAAGAGAUAUCCGAGAAUCUAAAUCGCGCCGUCAGCUCGCGCGUCUUUUCUCACGCCGAAGCUGUUCGCAUACAUGAAAACGUGAUCAGGCAUUACAACAGGGCCAAGACCAUCCAUGCGAAACUUCAAGCGAUGCGCGACAAUUUUCCUACCGCGGAGGAACAGAAGAGCCCUACCCAGGUUAAGUCCCCGCAGAUGGUUCGCACCCCCAAGAUCACUCUUCGGCUAGAUAGCAACGGACAGAAAAUUCAGAGGCCACCCAGAAUCACCGUUCCGGGUGAGGUCCUCGCGCCUUACGAGAUCGAUUUUAACUCCUACAGCUCAUUGAGCGACGAAUCCUCCGACGACGAAGAAGAAGAGGAAGAUAUGCCGGUAUCCCCUCCAAGGCAAGUUGCGGCGCCGUCGGCUCGCAUUAAGGUGGUCAAACCGCCCAAGUCCCCCAAACCCCCCAAGCAGAAGAUACCCAAGCCACCGCGACCUCCUCGCGCAUCUAUGCAUAGGUCUGAUAACACCAUACCCAUGAUGUCUACGAGCACCGCCUUGGCCCAGCUUAAGCCGCCUCCCGAGAAUGCGGUUCCCGGCAGCGCUGACGCCCCGUGGCUUCAACUGACGCCCUACGAGUUGGCGAAGCUACGAAAGCGCAUGAAGAAGAACGCGGUGUGGAACCCUAGCGAUACCAUGAUAGCCCGCGAACUUAAGAACUUGGGACGUGGUGUCGAAGCCUACAGGGCCGCCCAGAAGCAAGCGGAGGAGGAGGGAAAGCCCUUCGAGGCAGCUCUCCCCGCCCCGGUGGUAGAUGCUGAAUCCGGGACUCAGCAUCCUCCCGAAGGUGCGAUCAGCGCUGAAGCUCUGACAGCAGACGAGGUACAGUUAAGCAACCGUGGCAUGAAGUUGAAUGAGGCCAAGAAGCUGAAACGUGAAUCUAUGGCAAGAAUCGCAGCCGAGGAAGCAGAAGAAUCUGCUAGGAAAAUGGUGGAAGCUGCCAGAAUGUUUCUUAGCCACGAAGCCUCUCCAUCCGUCAACGGGGGCCAGGACAGACCACCUGAGGCAAGCCAGAGUCAAGGGAAGGCCAGCAAGCCAAAAACGAGAAAGCGAAAGCGCAACUCCAUGUCGGAGACUCCUGUCUCGGAGAAACCCGAGGCGGCUCAGAGCCUGCCUGCCAACCAACCGGCUAGUCAACCUGAGAAACCUCAGCUGAAGCGAACUAAGACGGAGACUCCGGUUCCGCUGCCGCAACUGACUCCUCGGCCACCUUCGGUACCUCCCCCGCCCCCCGCCUCUACGGUGCCAUCCGCUCCUACGGAAACUCCUGUCCCCGUCCCGCACCUAGGAAAGAUCUCUCAGGCUGCGACAACGUCGAAGACGCCGGUACCUGUACCGCUUCCGGUUUCGUCUGACACGUCUAUGGUUACUACAAGGUCUGCUGCUUCAUCUUCGACAACUAGCCCGGCACCUCCAUCCAGCGUCACCACGACCGUUCCUGUCAAGCCGCCCGCAGAGACACCGGUCCCGCUGCCUCCCAAGACUUCAACCACGCCUAUCCCCCCUCCAGCUCGGGAGCUACCCAAACGGGAAACUAGACAGAACUUACAGCAAGUUCCUGCCCCCACCCCAGCUAACCCCAAGCAGCCAAGUUCUCGGGGCAACACCCCAACAACCACUUCCGUAACCGAAUCGCAGCCAGCAUCUGCACGUCGGCCCACCUCACGUGGCAAAGCUGCGAGUCAGGAGCCGCCUCCAACGCUAGCAGCCGAACGUCCUCGACGUGCGAGCACCGCUCGGAACACGCCCGCUCCCGAGCUGCGCCAACCUAGCAAGCGCACUAAACGACCUGCUCCUGGUGUGGUGACUACAAACUCGGGUGGCACUAGCGCUAUAGGGAAGCGCAAGGCCGCGCCUCGCAAGAAGGCCAUCGGUAAGAAAGAGAAAGGCGCGAAUCAGGAAGUUGAAGGCGAAGUGGACGACGACGGCAACGUCAUCGAUCCCGAUGAACCGAGAUACUGUCUUUGCAAUGGGGUUAGCUUUGGCACUAUGAUACAGUGCGACAACGUUGAUGUGAGCGCCAAAAAGAACACCAAAACCCCAGCACGAGAUGACAAGACAAGACGCGUGAAAAAACUAACCGAGAACCGCAUACAGAAUUGCAAGCAAGAAUGGUUCCAUCUAGGGUGCGUGGGACUUACUGAGAUACCCGCACGUACGACAAAGUGGUAUUGCCCCGAAUGCCGCAUUGCACUGAACAUCGGAGGAAGAGGAGAAGUGAAUUCGCGAGGAGUGAGGAUGUGAUCACGCCUACCAUAAUCUCCAUAAUUCCCGACCUAUAUGAUGAGAAGACGCUUAGUCUUUCGCUAACGAUUGAUGCUAUUCAUCCAACCUUUACUCUGAUCAUAGACCUCUACUCAGGGGUCUUUUUUCUAUCGAGCCUUAAUACGACCCAAUCCAUACCGAUAUGGAGACGUGAAAAAAAGAGAGAUACCCAAAAAGAUUUUUACUCGAGGAG